AGCGGGAGCCCAGCAUGGCGGCGGCGGAGGGGCCGGCGGCGCGGUUCGAGCACAUGGGGCUGGACCCGCGGCUCCUGCGGGCGGUGGCGGAGCUGGGCUGGGGCUCCCCCACGUCCAUCCAGGCCGAGGCCAUUCCGCUGGCGCUGGAGGGCCGGGACCUGCUGGUGCGCGCCAGGACCGGCUCCGGCAAGACCGGAGCCUACGGCCUGCCCGUGCUGCAGCUGCUCCUGCGGGGCAGGGAGGCUCCCCAGGCUCUGCCCCAGGCCGUGCGGGCGCUGGUGCUGGUGCCCUCCCGGGAGCUGGCCCUGCAGGUGCUGCGCUGCCUGCGCCGCUUGGCGGCUGCCACCGAUCUGCGCGUGGCCGAGCUGGGGGACGGGGACCCUGCGGCGCUGCGGCCCGUGGUGGCGGCACAGCCGGACGUGCUGGUGGGGACGCCGGGGCGGGUGCUGGCGCAGGUCACUGCCCGCAGCCUGGUGCUGCGGCACUCGCUGGAGCUGCUGGUGCUGGAUGAGGCCGACCUGCUCCUGGGCUUCGGCUGCCUCGAGGACAUCAAGGCCCUGCUCUGCCACCUCCCCAAGAUCUCUCAGGCGCUGCUGAUGUCGGCCCACCGUCUCCAGACCCCGACGUGGAGGCGCUCAAGGAGGCUGCACAACCCGGUGCGGCUGUGCCCGGCGCAGGCCCCGCUGCCAGGCCCGGCUCAGCUGCAGCAGUUGGUGCUGCGCUGCGGCACGGCCGAGGACAAGGUGCUGGUGUUGGUGGCGCUGCUGCGGCUGCGGGUGCUGCGCGGCCGGGCCCUGCUCUUCGUGUCCUCCCUGCCCCGCUGCUACCGCCUCAAGCUGCUCCUCGAGCAGUUCGGCAUCGGCGCCUGCGCCCUCAACCCCGAGCUGCCGGCGCGCUCCCGGUGUCACAUCAUCGCCCAGUUCAACCGCGGCAUCUACGACUACAUCGUGGCCACGGACGAGGAGGCGCCGGUGCCGGAGCCGCAGCCAGAGCCGCAGCCAGAGCAGCCACGGCGCAGGAAGCGCCGGGGGCCGGUGCAGGGCAAGGGCAAGGACCCCGAGUUCAGCGUCUCGCGCGGCAUCGACUUCCAGAACGUGGCCGCUGUCAUCAACUUCGAUGUGCCCGACACGGUCGAGUCCUACAUCCACCGCGUGGGCCGGACAGCCCGGGCGGACAACCCCGGCACGGCGCUGACACUGGCGCUGCCCGAGGAGGAGGAGAGCCUGGCCCGCAUCGAGGACGCGCUGGCAGGAGACAACGGUGAGUCCAUGCUGCAGCCCUACAAGUUCUGCAUGGAGGAGAUCGAGGGGCUGCGCUACCGCUGCCGGGACGCCAUGCGCUCGGUCACCAAGCAGGCGGUGAAGGAAGCGCGGCUGCGGGAGAUCAAGGACGAGCUCCUCAACUCUGAGAAGCUCAAGGCGUAUUUCGAGGACAACCCCCGGGACCUGCACGUCCUGCGCCACGACAAACCCCUGCACCCGGCCAUCGUGCAGCCGCACCUCCGCAACGUGCCCGACUACCUGGUGCCCCCCAGCCUCCGCGGGGUCGUCAAACCCAGCCUCAAGAAGCGCAAGUGGCAGCGCCCGCCCCGCACAGGGGCCUCCCGAAGGGGGGGUGCAGCGUCCCGCGGCUCCGGGAACCCACUGCAGAACUUCAAGUACACGCGGCGCCGGAGCAAGCGUCCCGGUGCUGCGGCACCGUCCUGAGCCCCCCCGGCACCCCCCCCCUCGGGGGCUCCCCCUGCA